AUGGAGGCGGCCGAGGCGGCUGCGUUCCCGGUGAAGCGGGGUCGCAGAAAGUACAGGGCCGCUCUAAAGAAGGAGAAACGGAAGAAACGUCGGCAGGAACUCGCUCGGUUGAGAGACGCGGCAAUCUCCGAGGAGGACGAGGAAGGCGACGCUUGGACUGAACAACAACUGGAAGAAGAGAAGCGGUGGGAGGGAGAGAGGCAGAGACUACACGAGGAGUGGCUGCUGAGGGAGCAGAAGGCGCAAGAAGAAUUCCGAAUAAAGCAGCAACAGGAAGAGGCGGCUAGAAAACGGCAGGAAGAACAAGAGAGGAAGGCCAAGGAAGAAUGGGAAGGGCAGCGGAGAAAAGAGAGAGAAGAGGAGGAGCAGACGCUCCAGGGGAAGAGAGAAAGAGAGGAAGCUGCGCAGAAGAUGCUGGAUCGGGCUGAAAAUGAGCUGGAACCUGGUGCCACACGGCAAAACCCAGAACCACCCGUGCGUUUAAGGCUAAUGGAGAAAGAUCGAGCUGAUUGUCCAUUCUACAGUAAAACAGGAGCUUGCAGAUUCGGAGAGAGGUGUUCACGGAAACAUAAUUUCCCAGCCUCGAGUCCCACCCUUCUUAUUAAAAGCAUGUUUACGACGUUUGGAAUGGAGCAGUGCAGGAGGGACGACUACGACCCUGACGCCAGCCUGGAGUACAGUGAAGAGGACACCUACCAGCAGUUCCUCGACUUCUAUGACGAUGUGCUACCGGAGUUCAAGAAUGUGGGGAAAGUGAUUCAAUUCAAGGUCAGCUGCAACUUGGAACCUCAUUUGAGGGGCAAUGUGUAUGUUCAGUACCAGUCGGAGGAAGAAUGCCAAGCAGCCCUCUCUCUGUUUAACGGGCGGUGGUAUGCAGGACGACAGCUCCAGUGUGAAUUCUCUCCAGUGACCCGGUGGAAAAUGGCCAUUUGUGGUUUAUUUGAACUACAAAAGUGUCCAAGAGGAAAACACUGCAACUUUCUUCACGUGUUCAGAAAUCCCAACAAUGAAUUUUGGGAAGCUAAUAGAAACACCUACCUGUCUCCUGAUCAGACUGGUUUCUCCUUUCGUAAAAACUUGGAGAGGAGAGAACGGAUGGGCCACCAUGAUGAAUACUAUGGCAGGCCCAGGAGAAAAAGAAACCUUAGUCCAGAGUUCUCCUACAUAAGAAACGGGGAACUUGAGAGGAAAAGGAGAAGUAGUGACAGGGGGAAGAGAUCUCACAAACAUACAUCAAAGAAUCGUGAGAGGCACAGUUCACGAAGUAGAGAAAGAAAAAGGGACCACAGCUGGGUCCAGAGCAGCCGGAGCUGGAGCCCGAGCCAGAGUUCUUCUAGGUCCAGGAGUCGUGGCAGGAGAAGGUCAGGUAGUAGAGAUAAAUAUAUUCAAAGUCCCAAAUCCAAGUAAACCUGUUUUGUUCUUUAAAAAAAAAAAAAAAGUCUUUGUUUUCUGCAAAUGUCAUU